AUGUAGACUGCUUCUACAAACAUUUUUGAUAGACUGUACAAUAAGUCCAUCCGUGACAUUUCCUUGCUACUAAAUUUUCCACGGUCAACUGUUAGUGGUAUUAUAAGAAAGUGGAAGCAACUGGGAACAACAGCAACUCGGCCACCAAAUGGUAGGCCAUGCAAAAUGACAGUGCGGCAUCUGUUCAUGCUAAAGUGCACAGUGCGCAGAAGUCGCCAAUUGUCUGCAGAGUCAAUAGUUAAAGACUAUUUCGUGUGGCCAAUUUCGUGUGGCCUUCAGAUUAGCACAACAGUGCGUAGAGAGCUUCAUGGAAUGGGUUUCCAUGGCCGAGCAGCUGCAUCCAAGCCUUACAUCACUAAGUACAAUGCAAAGCGUUGAAUGCAGUGUUGUAAAGCAUGCCGCCACUGGACUCUAG